AAUAAUGGCAGAAAAUCAUGAGCAUCAAACACAACUUUUCAUUUUAACCGCCUUUGUCUUAAUGCUCUGAAGAUUAGUCUGCAAGUGGAGUAUAAUUGUCAACGUUUGUUCGAAAUUUGAAAUCGGUCAUGAAGGCUAAUUGUUCACGGUAUAUUUCACACAACAUGUCAAGAGUAGCGUGCUUUCUUCUGAAUAAUCAUUGCUGAUUAUAGCUGUGAUCGUUAGGAGUUUGAAGUGAUAGUUCUCAAGAAUAAGUUGACAUGUCGUGUAAGACCUCUUCAGAUUUUGGACUGUAUUCUUCGGAAUGGAGAAAAGAUGAGGGAAAAUCAUGGAUUAAAUUAUUCAUUGGUUGCGGAACACUGAUUCUCUUAUUCCUGUGCCUUCUGAGUACAUUUCGAGCAUACUCAGACGAUAUCUCAACCUCCGAAUCAGCAGCAUUCGAGGAAUUGCAUCCAGAAAAACUUGUCAGACCCCUGCCAGAGUCUGAAGGGGAAAAAGAAGCCCCACGGCCCUUCGGCGUCGAUUUCAAAGAACCAGUCCCUGCAGCUUUCGGAUUAAGUUCAACCACUGAAAAAAUUACAACGAUCAGUUAUCCCCAGCUAGGUAGAUACCGACACAGUUACCAGCCAAGGAAUAUUCAGGAUAUCCUGCGAUAUACAGAUCCGCUGAUCAGAAGACAGAAGAGUUACGAUAGAAUGCCCAUACCACCGUAUCUGAACCAGUAUAGUUCUACGAAUUUCAACCAAUAUCCGAUGGUUCAGAACCAAUACCAGCUGCAGAACCAGAGGUAUGGUUACAACCAGUUAGCCUCAAACCAUGACCCAUUUUAUGCCUUCAAGCCUGAAGAUCCGAGUGAUAUUAAUCUUAUGGCUACAGCCAGUGUAAGAUUCGCUCCACCCCCAUGGAAGAACAUGCAUUCUAAAUCGAAACCAAUAUACCCCAAUCAUCAGCCAGACAUGUCCGAGCAUUUACAUAUGCGGGAUGUACUGAGAAAUAGGAAUAAGCCACUGGUUGUGACUCUGAACAUAUUUCCAAUGACUGAUCAAGACAAGAUGAUGAUGUCGAACCCUCAGUAUCAGGGACAAUUUAGUGUUAUUGGUAGAAUGAUGGCUAACAGUGAGAUGGCAGCAAGGAGCAAUAAUAUGAUCAUCAAAUUCAAUCUUUUUCCAGAAUCUUUCAGUACGCUUAACAGACAGGAUAGACUGGAAUAAUCCCCCCCCAGAAUU